AUGUCUGUAUAUCUCAUCUCAGGAGCUUCCACUGGCUUCGGAGCUCUGGCAGCCCGUGCCAUUGCCAAAAGAGGCCACACCGUCUUUGCAGGCAUGUACUCACACAGCGGGAACACCAAACAAUAUGAAGACGACCUCUCAAAAUACGCAACAGAACACAAGGUAGAUCUCCGGGCUGUGCCUCUAGAUCUUCUGUCUCAACACUCUGUUGAUGCAGCUGUGAAAACCGUCGUCGGAUCUACCGGACGGAUCGAUGCUGUUGUCCACAACGCAGGCCAUAUGUGCUGGGGCCCUUCUGAAAGCUUUAGCCCAAAGCAAUUGCUUGAUCAAUACGAUGUCAAUGUCGUUGGAUGCCAGAGGCUGAAUCAAGCAGCACUCCCUCAUAUGCGCAGGGCGCGCUCUGGACACUUGAUUUGGAUCUGCAGCAGCUCGACGUAUGGCGGCAAGUCUCCCAUGAUUGGACCAUAUUUCGCGGCCAAAGCCGCACAGGAUAAUCUUGCACAGGCAUACGCUCACGAAUUGGCGCCUUGGGGAAUCGAAACAACUCUAGUGUCCCCCGGCGUCUUUACAAAGGGCACCAACCAUUUCGCUGAUGCUGCAAAGCCCGCAUUUGCAAACAUCGCAGCAGAGUAUGAGGAUGGCCCCACAAAAGGCAUGGGGGAAGACUCCAUGACAGGCACGAUGAAUGUGUGUCCGCCUGAUGCUGAUCCGUCCAUGGUGGCUGAUAUACUAGCGGAGCUGUCAGACAUUCCGAGGGGGAAGAAGCCCUUUAGAAUGUUUGCUGAUCCUGUCAUGGACGGUUCAGAAUCGGCUGCUUUGGUGGUUGAUAACAACAAAGUCAACUUUUAUCGCCGAAUGGGAAUGGAAAAGUAUUUGAAAGUUCAGCUAUGA